AGCUGCAUGAUCCUGGAACCAGCAUGAGUGCAUGUCCACAGGUGCCAAAACACCAACUAGAGAGGAAUUAGUCUUUUUUUCUGAAUGGAGAAACCACAAUGCUGCACUUAAGUCUUAGAAAUGAGCCGUUAGAACAGAAGCCACAAUGUUGAUGUUGUGGUAAAAGCUUCUCAGAACUUUUCUGCUCUGGAAAACUUUCCCACUUUUUCUACAAGCAACCAUUACUCGCAGGAAAUGGAGAAACAAAAAGCCGUUCUCAAAUGUUUCAGGACCUUUUCCGAGGAGGAAAAUGAGGAGCUGGCGCAGGAGGAGCUCAGUUUUACUAAACAGAGAAGUGGGGAUGUGAACUUUAAAGAUUCCUUGUGUUAUGUUAUACUGCCUCAUGACGGAGAGAAGGUGACCUCUGGGAGAGAGGGAGGGAACGACUCAGACCGAACGGAGCAGGAGAGGAAUGAAUUUAACCGAACAGAGCAGCAGAGCGGGAAUGGAAACGAGGAAGAUGUCUCAGAAAUGCCAAACAAACACUGCGACAGAGUAAAUGCUUCUCACAGGCCGGAGAACUCCCCGGACGAACGUGCCCUGAACGCAUCUCUGCAUCCAAAAUGUCAACACAUUUCUGCUGAGUGCACAAAUACAGAUUGUGUUGGUGUCGUGCCAAACGGUGUCAAGCAGGAUGUAGGAGCAAGUGAUAAAUUGCAUGAGUAUGAGGAAGUUGCAGAUUUUCAGGAAGACUUGGUCAAAACUGUGUAUAGUUCAGAUGUGAAUAUUCACCCCGAGGAGUCUGAGGGACACGUGGUGCUAACUGGGACUGGUCCAGGACACUCUGAUGAAGAAGAGGCUGAAGAAGCUGAAGAGCAAAACGUUGAGCCCUCCAGCUCUGAAAAUGAUGAAGAAGGGGAGGUGAAAUGUGCAGAGGCAGAAGAGGAUGAGGAAGAAGGACAAAGUUCUCCAGACUUAUCCAUCCACCAACAUCUUCACAACCCACAAGAUAAUACAUUGAAUAUUUCCAUCACACGAUCGGACCAAGCCAACAGCCCUCCACCUGGAUCCACCUUCACCAGAGCCACCUUCUCCCCGGGCUCCCCCACGGACAAGCAGAUCCAGCUGCCGGCCCUCUUCAGCGGCCUGAGGGUGCUGAGGAAAGGGGUGGUGGGCCCCGGGCACGACACCGUGUCCGCCAUCAAGCCUCAGUCUCUGGGGGCCAGGAGGGCCACACUCCCAGAGAGGCCGGAGGACGCCAGGGUCCAGGGGAACUUCUUGGACCAGAUCUCCCAGUUUCUGAGUCUGGAAAAGAAAGCAGACGAGAAAGAGGAGAGGACGGAUGAUGAGGGCGACCAGGAUGAACCCGAGGACGAGGAAAGUCCCGAGAAGGAGGACUUUGAAAAAGAGGAGGAUUUAGAAACGUCUGGGUCAUUUGACUCCGCGAAAUCUCCGGUGUCGAGUGCCGAGGCAGCGUUUGAUGCCUUCAAGGCUUUUUUCACCCCGAGGCCGUUGAAGAAGGACCCGGCAGACAGAGUGGACCUGGACGCAGUGAGGAAGAAGAUUAGAUCUGACAAAGACGUGUUGAGAGCCAUUUUUGAGAGAAGCUCCAAUAAGACGCCAGAGAAGAAAGACUCAUCUGAUGGAAAAUCCGAGGCUUCCACGCCGGGGGAGGGGGAAGAGCGGACUCCUGGUCGUCUACAAGCCGUCUGGCCGCCGGUCAAGGAGGAGAAAGUCGGGCUCAAGUACACUGAAGCAGAGCAUCAGGCGGAUCUGCUGCAGCUGAAGAGAGAAUGCAAAGAGGAGCUGGAGAAGUUACAGGAGGAGUUCGGUCGGGAGCUUUCCAGACUUCGGGUGGACAACGAGGACAGCGUCGCCCGGCUGGAGUCCACCGUGGCCGAGCUGCAGGCCCGACUCUCCCAGGCCGGGAGCCAGACCAGAGGGGAAGUCCGAGACGUCUCCGUGUCCACUGGAGACGACUGUCUACAAAAGUCUUUCCGCACCGUCUGCGUCCAGACGGACAGAGAGACCUUCGUCAAAACCCCAGAGGACGGAGAGGGCACAGAGACGAGUCCCCGGCCGCAGAAGAUGACCCCCAGAAAGCUGGACCUGGCCUCCAUCAGCCUGAGCCUGGCAGGUCAGUGGGAGGAAACAGCGCCCCCUGGGCCUCCAUCGCAGACUCUGCCUGCUCCUGGAGCCGCGUUCCCUCAAACAGAACAAGCACCAGCCCCUGCUGAGGCAACGUUAACACACAAAACACACAAUCUCCCUCCUCCUCCUCCACCUCCUCCACCACCACCUCCUCCUCUAUCCAUCUCAGGUUUAGCCCCCCCACCUCCUCCUCCACCACCACCACCACCACCUCUUCCAUCCAUGCCAGGCUCAGCCCACCCACCUCCUCCUCCUCCACCACCACCACCACCACCUCUUCCAUCCAUGCCAGGCUCAGCCCCCCCACCUCCUCCUCCUCCACCACCACCACCUCCUCCAUCCAUGCCAGGCUCAGCCCCACCACCUCCUCCUCCUCCAGGUGGAGGUUUCUUAUUGGAUAAACCUCCCAGGAAAGAAGCGGUGGAGCCGUCCAGACCCAUGAAGCCUCUUCACUGGACCAGGAUCCAGAUGCAGGACAACAACAUCGACACACUGUGGAACCUUAUAGAAGAACCGAACAUAAUCAACUCCAGCGAGUUUGAGGAUCUUUUUGCCAAAAGCACGACAGAGACCAAGAGGAAGCCGCUGUCUGAGGCGUACGAGAAGAAAGCCAAAUCCAGGAAGAUCAUUAAGCUGCUGGACGCUAGGCGCUCUCAGGCCGUGGGCAUCCUCAUAUCAAGCCUCCACCUGGAGAUGAAAGAUAUUCAACAAGCUGUGCUGACUGUGGACCACUCUGUUGUGGACCUGGAGACCAUUGAAGCUCUGUAUGAAAACAGAGCCCAGCCCGAGGAGCUGGAGAGGAUCAAGAAACACUACGAGACGUCGGAGGAGGAGAAACUCAAACUCCUGGACAAACCCGAACAGUUCCUGUAUGAGCUGUCCCAGAUCCCAGACUUUGCAGGAAGAGCUCACUGCAUCAUCUUCCAGUCGGCGUUCAUCGACACGAUCGGGUCCGUCCAACGCAAGCUCAGCACAGUCUCCUCCGUCUGCAAGGCCCUGGUGGAGAGCCAGGACCUGCGGGAGAUGAUGGGACUGGUGCUGGCUCUGGGGAACCACAUGAACGGGGGCAGCAGGACCCGGGGUCAGGCUGACGGCUUCGGCCUGGAGAUCCUCCCUAAGCUCAAGGACGUGAAGAGCAGAGACAAUCGCAUCAGCCUGGUGGACUAUGUGGUGUCCUACUACCUGCACAAUGUGGACAAGAACGCCGGCACAGACAGGAGCACCUUCCCCCUCCCUGAACCCCAGGACAUCUUCCUGGCAGCACAGGUCAGGUUCGAUGACCUCACCAGGGACGUGAGGCAGCUCGGACGAGACCUCACAAGAUGUGAGAACAGUGUGAAGGAGGUUUGCAACAAUUCACCUGAAGAACAUCUGCAGCCGUUCAAAGACAAGAUGGAGGCUUUUGUUCUCAGUGCACGAAAGGAACAUGCAGAAACUUCCUAUCAGAUGGUGACUGUGCAAAAAAGUUUUCAGGACUUGGUUCUGUACUUCGGACUGAAGCCGAAGAGCGGAGAGAAGGACGUGACUGCCGCUCACUUCUUCAUGCUCUGGUUUGAGUUUUGCGGCGACUUCAAAGUCAGGUGGAAGAGGGAGAAUAAGACGAUCUCUAACGAGAGGUUAAAGGAGGCUCAGCUCUCGGUGAAGCGAAUCACUGCCGAGAAAAAAGUAGAAACGAGGAAGAUUAACGGCAACAGCCUGAAACAACGACUGCGUCAGAAAGAAGCCAACAUGUCUUCAACUUGAGAGACGUCACCUCUAACUUCACGUCAGCCACACAACAACCUCCUGCUCGGAUCAGACACCGAUGUUGAUUUAAUUUGUGUGUAUAUUUGUUUACAGACUCAAUUUGCCUGAGAUGUGUUGACAUUUAAAGAGACUGAAACAAUAGUAUGAGCAAUACGAUCGAUUUAACUGUGUACAUUACUUAAUUUUGCAGUAAUUCUUAUAUGUAAAGUCAAAAAUCUUUUACCGCAUUAUUUUCCACGAAUAAAAAAAUCACUCCUCAGAAAUGAGGUGAUGCAACAGCUGGGAAAGAUUUAUUUU